AGGUGUCUACGGACAACGCCGGCUCUUCAGCUUAGAAAUGGAGAGGAAAACCACCCCCCAGAGUCAGACACAACUAGACUUAAUGUCAAGGGGCAAUCUUUACCUUUACCUAAUCUACCAUGUACUUGAACAGGUGUGAAUACCUGGAAAGAAACAUUAUAGAUGCUGACCAAGGAAGCAGCUACUGCUAGGUUGCAAUAAUAUAAAGAGACCACUUGGCACUACAUUGUGGUACUUUAAUUCUCCUCCUUUCCUUCCUCCCCCUUUGUGUAGAUCCUAGAGGGGAUGAGCAUACAUGAAAUGUACAUUUCAGAGUAGGAAAAGCAACACACAGCAACGUCUCUAGUAGUCUGCCUCUUAAGAAUUAAUGCACUGUCAAGCCAGUGCCUCGACUGCAUGAGAGACUUGGAAAGAAACAAUCACUGGCUGAGAAAUCCUGCUGGCAUUUUGUAAAGAGAUGUCGGCACCUUGUUUGCAAUCAUAAAGGCUGCUGCUUUUAUAUAUUGUAUCGACUGAGCUCACAAUACCCCAAUAUAAGGAUCUAUUUCUGAGCCUUCAGAGUGAAGAAGGCUGAAUGAAGUCUUCUAUCCGGUCAACGAGCCAAAAAUGAUUACUCGCUACAUGUGGUUUUGCUUUCCAUUCUUGAUUAAUGCUGUGGAAAUAAAGUUUCCAAUCAAUGGAAGCACAACAGCGUUUUUUGGAUUUCCAAAUAUCUCUUUCUUUUCAUGGGCAAACUAUACACGGGAGGAUUGGGUGCGCUUUCUGGAUGGAAAAAGAUACGGGGUCGGUUCCCAAAAUCCUAUUGUGAAAACCCUCCUGAUUGUGGCGUACUCCUUUAUCAUCGUGGUCUCUCUUUUUGGCAAUGUCUUGGUGUGCCACGUCAUGAAGAAAAGCAAGCGGAUGCGUUUUGCCACCAGCCUGUUCAUUGCGAAUCUUGCUGUAGCGGACAUCAUGAUCACCUUCCUCAACACUCCUUUUACCUUGGUUCGCUUUGUCAACAGCACAUGGAUAUUUGGGAAGGCCAUGUGCCACAUCAGCCGGUUUGCACAGUACUGUUCUCUCCAUGUCUCUGCCUUGACCUUGACAGCCAUUGCAGUGGACAGGCGCCAGGUGAUUCUUCAUCCUUUGAAGCCUCGGAUCUCUACCACAAAAAGUGUUGCUUGUAUUUGCAUCAUAUGGCUAAUGGCAACAUGCUUCUCACUUCCACACGCCAUCUACCAGAAACUAUUCAGUUUUGAAUACAGCAAAGAUGUCACACGAUACCUGUGUCUUCCUGACUUUCCUGAGCCAGCAGAUUUAUUCUGGAAAUACCUAGAUUUGGCAACAUUCAUCCUCCUCUACAUUCUGCCUCUUCUCAUUAUCUCUCUCAACUAUCUGACCAUCGCCAAGAAGGUCUGGUUCUGCAAUGCCAUUGGGGUUGUAACAGCGGAGCAAUAUUAUGUCCUUCAGAAGAAGAAGCGGAUGACUCUUAAGAUGCUACUGGUGGUUGUGGUCAUUUUUGCCAUCUGCUGGUUCCCUUUGAACUGCUACGUCAUCCUUCUCUCCAGCCAAGUCAUCCAGGCCAACAACGGCCUCUAUUUCACUUUCCAUUGGCUGGCCAUGAGCAGCGCCUGUUACAACCCAUUUAUUUAUUGCUGGCUUAAUGAUAAUUUCAGAGCAGAAUUGAAGGCCCUGCUCAAUGUAUGUCGGAAAACCACUGGUCCAAGGGUAAGAACGCACUCUCUGAUAGCUCCAACCUGCAGGGUAGCUUGGCUACAGAAUAACAAUUCUCUUGAUCUUCCAGUGGCUUCCAGUUUUCUUUUGGGAAGGACUGGACAACUGUUAGUUGAGCCGGUAGUUGCUGUGAGUUGAAUGAUGUGGCAAAGUUGCUGAAAGUUGAAUGAUGUGGCAAGGAUGUGGAUCAUCUUUCCGGGCACAAGGAAUGACUGAUUGUCGAAGGCUUUCAUGGCCGGAAUCACUGGGCUGUAGGUUUUUUUGGGCUGUAUGACCAUGUUCUAGAGGCAUUCUCUUCUGACGUUUCACCUGCAUCU